AUGGAUCCUCACAUGGAGCCGUCGCCGGCAAGGUCCCCUGUGGCCCGUCGAGUUUGCCCCGAGUGCGAGGAAUCUCGCAGCAAGCUCAAGCGCGCCGUGGUCGUCAUCGAGGCCCUCAAGGCUCGCGUCACUGACCUCGAGACGGCGUCGGCGCGUCGCGGGGCCAUCGGCGGACGCCAGAGGAUUGGCGAGACUCUGGAGGAGAAGGUCCAGAGCGAACUGGAGCGCAAGGACCAGGAGGUCCGGACCAUGCGCGAGGCGGUGAUCGAGCUGAGUGCUCAGAUCACUGCCAAGGAAGCGCUGCUAGCCGACUGCCAGGAGCGACUCGCAGAGGCGGCUGCCCGCGCGCCGGCAGCGCCGAGUGAGCAUCGAAGCGGCUACAUGGCGCCCCCUCCGGCCGUGGAGAAGCAUUACCCAGGCGGCUGGCGCCCUCCAGGUGGAAACAUCACCGCGAGCUCCAUGUCGGCGGCGGCGUUCCCCGUUCCCCCGGCGGCAUCCGAAGCCAAAGAAGUUUCGGAGCCGCGUCAGAGUCGGGAGCGGCAGCAAGCAGGUGAGGCAGAGCCGGCGGAGGGGGCCCAGUCGCUGCAGCUUCGGUGGUCCCAGUGGGUGGCUCGGGCCACGGCCUCCUCACACACGGGCCUCCUCCACUUUGCGGCGAUCAGCGCCGCCGCCAAGAGCUUGUUUGAAGCACUUGGCUUUCCGCAGGAGGGCGCCCUGAAGCUUGCCACGGUGGACUGUGGACCUCGACCGAUCAUGCGGGUCUUUGCGCGGCAGUCGGACGACACCGCCGAGAUCGAGUUUUCCGAGCCGCACAGCCGAGUGGAGGCCGAAGACGCAGAGUGCCGCUUCUUGAUCUUCGGCUUCGGUGGACGGGUGAGGAGCCCGCCAACAGAUCGUGCGCCCCCCAGUAGGCGUUUCUCCCAGCGCGCGAGAGUUUGCGAGGGGUGGAGGGUUCAGGGAUCCUACGGACACCCAUCAGUUGCAAGCCAUUGGAAACCUAAACCCUGCCCAAAUCGCUGA